AUGUCAGCAUCGUCUUUGAAUGCUGACCUUCUAAGACGUGCUGAUAUAAGCACCGUCUUAGAAGGUGUACCUUUCAAAGAAAGUUGUGGUUCAUUUUCAACUACUACUUUGACACAAAAGCAAAGUUUUUUGUUCAUUUAUCAUUUUCUGACUCGAGCAGUGCUACUCUUGAAGUCUGUAGAUUAUGGUCGCAUGGCUGAAAUCCUGGUACAUAGGGCAGGUUCUCCAGAUGAAUUCACUAGGCUAACAACUAUCACAUGGAUAAAUGAGUUUGUCAAGCUUGGUGGAGACCAGCUUGUUCCAUAUUAUGCUGACAUUCUUGGAGCCAUUUUGCCUUGUAUAGCAGAUAAAGAAGAGAAAAUUAGAGUUGUUGCUCGUGAAACCAAUGAAGAGCUACGUGCCCUCAAGGCAGAUCCAGCUGAAGCGUUUGAUGUAGGAGCAAUCUUGUCCAUUGCCAGGAGGCAAUUAUCUAGUGAACUGGAGGCUACUUGA